GCACCUUUUGGGAGCACCUCCGCCAUUAAAACGUAGAAGAAGAAAAAGCAGCAUGAUUCAAUAGUACAGUACAGCGCCAUCAUGUGAGUCUGUUUUGUAUAACAUUGUCUGAGCUGAGUUUAUUUUAAUGACACACGCCUACUGAAUAAUGAUAAAAUAGCAUGGCAUCGUCGUGAUCCAGAAUCCGCUGUCAGGAGCCGGAUCUUUAUGGAAGAACUGUUUAUUUGCUGAGGACCACAGUGCCUGAGAAAACGUGAGUCUACGCGCAAUCAACAAGGCCCGAUAGGGACAUGGAUUUCCCUGGACAUUUUGAGCAGAUAUUUCAGCAGCUGAACUAUCAACGAAUUCAUGGGCAACUGUGUGAUUGUGUCAUCGUUGUUGGCAGUCGACAUUUUAAGGCCCACCGCUCUGUGUUGGCAGCCUGCAGCACACACUUCCGGGCACUUUUCACUGUUGUGGAUGGAGAUGCUAGCAUGAACAUGAUCCAGCUUGAUAGUGAGGUGGUGACAGCUGAGGCUUUUGCUGCACUAGUGGACAUGAUGUACACCUCGACUCUGAUGCUGGGUGAAAGUAAUGUCAUGGAUGUUCUGUUAGCAGCCUCCCAUCUGCACCUAAAUAAUGUAGUGAAAGCUUGUAAACAUUAUCUCACUACACGCACCCUUCCCAUGUCCUCAUCCUCUGAGAGAGCCUCUCAUCACACUCAGCAGGAUCAGCAGCGUAACCGACAACAGCAGCAGGCUGACUUGGCUGUGAACCCAAACCUAGUGGCAAAUUCUGCUAGUUCAAAACUACAGCGCAGCUUCUUGCUUCAACAGCUGGGUUUGAGCCUGGUAAGCUCGGCCUUGGAUGGAGUUGAAGAUGAUGGUGUGAGGAAUGUUGGAGUUAGUGGUAGAACAGAUCAAAAAGCCUCCUAUUCAAUCAGGCGCUUUCACAAACGCAAGUCAUCCGCUCUGGGACUUCCUGAAGACCAAAACAGGCAGAGGCAGUGCACAUCUAACCCUGUCCUAGGGCUGUUAGGAGAUGAACAUGUAAAUGCAGGAGAGGAUGGUGUGAUUCUUUCACCUGAUUCACACAAACUGGGCGAUGACUCCAAAUUGGAUGCAGUUGGCAACUUCCUUGGCAUGUCACAAGAUGAUCCCCAAAUGCCAAGUCAGUCCGACAGUGGGCACUGUCAGGCGGAAGGCAUGGGGAGAAUGCAGGCAGGGGUUGGCAAAGAGGAAGACAUGGAUGACGCUGAGCACCAGGACAACAGAGCAGAGGUGAAAGUCAAAGUUGGAACAGAAGAAGAUGAGCCAGAAGAAGAGGAACAAAAGGUGGUUGUCGUUAAGCAAGAGCCUCUGAGUUCUCCGGAGCCCACUGAUGAAAUCAGUGAUGUGACAUCACAAGCUGAAGCCAGUGACCCAACUGAGCGUGUGGGCCAGGAGGACGAGGAGAAAGUGGAGUUGAGUCCAGAGAGCAGUGACCGUAGCUUCACCUCUGAGACACAGCCGAGCUCAGGCUCACUACUUCAGUCCACUUCACUUCCUCUAAAAGGCAUUAACAGCAAUAACCGUGUGAAUGCCAAAGCUGGCUUUUGCAUAUCAAGCUUUCUAAGUUCCAAAGACUUUACAAGCAAUGGUGGAAGGCUUGUUGCUGGAGAGGAUGACCUCCCAAACACCACAACUGGAGAAGCAGCUACCCCUCACUUUCUGGUUCGACGGGACUCUGCAGAGCAGUCUGGCUCCAGCCAGUCAUCUUCUCUUCGCCUUAACACUGAGAGUCAUUCAGGCUUUGGAGAUGGCCUUCAGUCAGAUUCUUUUUUCCUUCGUCCUAUGCAUGAAAGUUUGGUCAACACUAGGGGACCAGGGGCUAGUGGAGCACAUGUAGAUCGCUUUGGGAUGGAUUUUCAACGUUCCAGUUCACUCUCUCUGCAUGCCCUGGGGAAUCCAUCACAAGGAUCUGCAGGACCAUCCUCCACAGCUUUGGCAUAUUCUGGUUACAGGCGCAUUGCUCCUAAAAUGGCAGAAGAAGGAUUAAAUGGUGUUCUCCAAGGUGCUGCUUCCUCCUCUUUAACAAGUCCUCUUCUUCUCAAUGAAGGAAGGGGGUAUGACAUGAACAAUGGCAGGUCCACACCACUCCCCCCUCACCUGACUAGAGCCUCAGCUGAUGUCUUGUCCAAGUGCAAGAAGGCGUUAUCAGAACAUAACGUCCUUGUAGUGGAAGGAGAUCGCAAAUAUGCCUGUAAAAUCUGUUGCAAAACUUUUCUUACUCUAACGGACUGCAAGAAACACAUUAGAGUUCACACAGGGGAGAAGCCGUAUGCCUGCCUCAAAUGUGGCAAACGCUUUAGCCAGUCCUCUCACCUGUACAAGCACUCAAAAACCACAUGUCUGCGCUGGCAGAACAGCAACAUGUCCAAUGCUCUGCUGUAGAGCAGGCUCAGGCUGCUCCUGGAAUUGAACUACAUUUGUUUAUUUUUGUCACUCUCAUUCUUCAUUCAAUUGCACCUUUUUAUCAGAGAUGUCUGUGAAAAUAGAGCUUUUAAUGCUGAAGGCCCUUUUCCACUGCCACAAUACUGUGACUGGAAGCAGUUUAAGAAUUAAAUUAAUCAACCCAGUUCCCGCUGGGUUUUUGGGUUUGUGGCCAAUUAUCUACACCUUUGUUGCAUCAUUCCUACUUAUUUUUACAAACAAUCUCUGAUUUCUGGUAAUUAAUGAAUUAUAUGCACUGUGCAAUGAAAAGUCCUGCAAUUUACUUGUGCACAUGCUUUGUGCAGAUUUUAAAAUUUAAAAAAUAUAUUGCAUCAAUCAUGGGAUUUUAAGACAAAUCUUUCUUUUAAUAAAUGUGUAUUUUAACAUCAAAAAAGAAAAUCUGU